AUGGCCGACCGAUACGGCCAGCAGUCGCAAUCAUAUCGGGGAAACGGCAGUUACGGUAACCUCGGCCGUCGUAACGAUGACUACGAUCCCUACGGUGACGGAUAUGCCAGCGACCGUUAUGGCACCAGCCCCAACCAGGCUUCAAGGCCUCCCACUGCCUCUCGAAAUGCGCCGCCGCCCCGGUCUGCCCAGCGUGGCCGUACGGCUGCCGGAGAUAUGCAGAUGCAGUCCAACGCCGAGCGCCAGAUUGGAAACGUUCUGGAUCUGAUCAAGAGAGAAUGGCCCGCCAUGGUCGAGACAGACUGCAUCCCCGUCCAGCUGGCCCUACAGCUUCUCGAUACCAGCUCCGUCGGCCGCGCCCACGAAUACCGCAACUUCCAACAGACACACCAGUUCCUACAAGAUUCCCUCAAAAACAUUGUCCAUGACCACCAUCAGGGAUUCAACAGUUCGAUCGGCACAUUCCACAAGAUCCAAGGGAGCAUACAGGCCUCCCAGAAGAAGGUGCGCGCCCUCAAGGAGUCUCUGGCAGCCUCCAAGACGGCGCUAUGCACCACCAACCCAGAACUCAAACAACUACAUGCCACGUCACGCAUGUACGAUGGCGUCCUACAAACAUUGAACGAGCUGGAUGACUUGCGGACAGUUCCCGACCAGUUGGAGGCCAGGAUAUCCGAGAAGCGUUUCCUGACCGCUGUCGAGGUUCUGCAGAAUGCGCUACGGAAGUUGAGGAAGCCGGAGCUGGAUAAUAUUGGUGCUCUGAGUGACCUGCGAAGCUACCUCACAAACCAGGAGACCGCGCUUAUGGACAUCCUGGUGGAAGAACUACACGAACAUCUCUAUCUCAAGUCGCCAUACUGUCAAGAGAGAUGGCAGAACCUGGCAAAGGUCCAGGGGACUUCUCACGAGGCCUAUGGAGAUGCCCCAGGCGUGGCACCCUUCCACGGAAUUUUGGACUCCGUUGACUGGGAAAGGUCCGUGGCUGAGGAUCCGCAAAAGAAUCCCGAGGCCGACACGUUUUACUACGUGACCCUCCUCGUUGAGGCUCUGAACAAACUGGGAAGGCUAGAAACAGCGGUCGAUAUGCUCAAGCAGAGGUUGCCCGUGGAGCUUUUCGCAGUUGUGAACGAAACCAUCAACGAUGUAGACCAGAAACACCCAAGCUCACUACGCGGAGGCGCGGCUGGGUCUCACGGCCUUAAUAUCUACGGCCACCGCGAAACCCGCAUGCGAGCAGAUGUCAUUCACGAUCUACUAUCGACGCUUUACGGCAAGUUCGAAGCUAUCGCUGAGGGCCAUCGUGUGCUGCAUGAAGCGAUCAAGGCUUUGAUCCGCCGUGAAGGUGCUGGCAAUAACAGUGUACUGCUAGGCGGCUUCAAGGAGCUUUGGAAUCUCUACCAGAACGAGAUUCGGGCGCUCUUGCACAACUAUGUCACCACCGAUGCGGAUGUCUAUCAGUUUAGCCGGACACCCAGACCUGGUAUGGGCAUGAAUGGCAGGGCGGAUUCUGCCCGCGAGAACCUCUUCAAGUUCUCUGAGGUUGAUGCCAAGUCGGCAGAGAUGGCUUCGGAAUAUGAGGCCUUGGACUCCAUCAUCCGGGCCGCCGUACCAGGACUGACGGACAACACGCGCCGAGAUAACAAGAAGGGAUCUUUGAUUAUCCCGCGGUCUGAGCCAGUAACCUCGAGGAAGUCGGCAGGGUACGGUUCCGGAAGCAGCCAGCAGAACAGUGGCACUUACAAGUCCCUCGUAGAGCCCAGUGUGUUCAACAUGAGCCUACUUCUACCACCCACUCUCAUUUUCCUUCAGAGGUUGAAGAGCAUCGUGCCACCAGGGUCCGACCUGGCUACGAGCACGCUGACGUCGUUCCUUGACAACUUCCUCGUCAAUGUCUUCCAGCCUCAACUCGACGAGACCCUUGGAAAGCUCAGCGACACUGUCUUCGGUGAGGCAGAUGCCUUUCAGCAAGACUCGGACUGGGCCCAAGUCGCGAAGCGGCCAGUGUUCAAGGGAACAACUGCCUUCUUCACCGUCAUUACUGCCUUCUGCAGGAUGUUGGGCACCAUUCCCCAUGACCAAGCACUCAGCUCCCUCAUCAUCACCCAAAUGCUCCGUUACUACGACCGCUGCUUCAGCUGGUACAAGGCCCUGGUCACCAAGACACAAGAAGGAGAUAAACAGUCCAGGGACAACGAAAAGCUCCGGGCAUCUGCCGUCCUCGCGAUCGAGCCUAGUGAAGUCCGCGAGACGAUCCAGAGGCUGUGGAAGUCGGAGAACCUGGACGACCUGGAGCUGCUCUACCGUGAGGUCAACCAGCUGAUCGCGUGGGCUAACGGCCAGGACCUGGACGCGAGCGACAUCAUCCAGGACCGCGACACGGUCCAGUCGCUGUGUCUGCUCUACACCAGCAUGAAGUGGCUGUCGGUUAAGAUCCACGGUCUUCGUCACAUAACGCGUAACGAGACGGACUCAUCCAAGUCGAGCUUCCCGACCAAGGCGGAGAAGAAGCGCUGGACGCUGCUGAACGACCCGAGCAAGGCAACUGGCGAGGAAGGACCCGUCUAUCUGCCUAUGACGCAGGAGACCGUCGAAUCCUUUGACAGCAUCCUAACCUCCUACGACGAGCUCGCCUCGACCGCCCUCCUCACGCUGCACCUCGAAAUCCGCACUCGCAUCCUACACUCGCUCCAAACCGCACUCUCUCCCCUUACCACGGCGCCCUACCUACUUGACCAGGAAGUCAACGAGCCAGACCCGGAGAUCCUUAGCCUCAACUCGGAAAUGGUCGCCUACGACGAAGUGCUUGUCCGGUGCCUCCGUCUUCGCGAAGUCCGUUUCGUCAGGAACGGUCUCGGCAAGUUGAUCAACGGGUUCCUGAUCAAGAACGCGCCCAUGACGGCCCCAAUGAACGCCAAGGGGUGCGGGCGCAUGCAGCUCAACAUUCUCGUUCUUCAACAAAACCUCAAGAACAUCGAAGAGGGCGUCGACCUCGUGCGCGCCAGCAACUAUUUCGAGAUGUUUGAGCGCGGCAUCGAUGCCAUUCUCGAGAAAGCCAGGGAGGGCGUUGCCUCUUCCCAUCAAGACACCGCCACCGCCGGAGACAGCAGGAAGAGUGAAGACGCAGGUGAAGGAACGGAGACGCCCAACUCGCGGAAGUCGGCGGAGAUCUUUGGCGACGAUAAGGAUCGUUUCAGUUAUGAUGAGCUCAAGGCCCUCGUGGAGCUGUGCUAUAGCGAGCAGUUGGCCGACCCGGAGAGAGGUGUCGCGGCGGCGGCGAAGAGGCAGAUGACGGAUAAGUUGCUGAAUUUGAGCGAGUACAUGUGGCAGUCUUAG